AUGUUCUCAAUAGUUCGGGGAAGUGUUGCGAUACAACGAAAUAAUUUAUAUCUUCGUAUCUUGCGGCGGUUUCAUAUUAGGAGGUUGACUUGGGAGGAAGUUUGCGAUGUUUACGAUGUUGACCAGGACAAGGCGCACCAAUCCAAAAAAAAGAUGAUUGUCUCAGAUGUCGAGUCCUCUACUGCACAUUAUUUGUCAUAUAUUACUAGCUUUAAGUGUGAAUCGUAUGAAGUCCCUUCUUCUGUAUGCUACAACUUUAGAAAAGAUGGGGCAUCUUCAUCUGAUCCAUCCUAUGGUAACAGCCAAUCUACCCAGUCCACUGAACGAACUCAUACGGCGGGAAUUAACAAAAGAAUCGCGCGAGAAAUAAUGGCAAGACUUCAGUCUUUGGAGGAAGAAAUCCAAUGA